AUUUGCUGUGAGUGCAUUUUGAAAAUAUGUCAAACAUAUUAUUUUUCUUUGUGGUGCUUCCAAUUCUUGGAGUAACACCUUCCAAUGGUGAUCAGUGCCAUCAUGGACAUCAACCAACAAACAUGAGGGACUGUAGAGGAAAGCAAUAUAACAUAAAGUCUCAGGUUUGCUGCGAAGAUGGACAAGUGUUACCUGGAUCUCCCGAUGCUCAGUGCUGUGGCAACAAGACCUUUGACCCCAGUAGCCACACCUGUUGCCAUGGCUAUGUUUCCCCUGGUGGAGGCCUGAGUUGUUGUGGACAGAUAGCCUACAGUAGGACCAAUGCAUCCUGUUGCGCUGGUCAGUUGUCUAAGGAAUAUAAUGAAAUGGUGUCGCAAUGCUGUGGAACUAAGGCCUAUUAUCACACCUAUGAUCUGUGCUGUGGAGACGAGCUCUACAACCUUACAACUCACACAUGCUGUGGAGCGGAACAGAACAUUAUCCUGAAGAAAAACACACCAAACGACAAAUGCUGCGGCUCUACAUUAUUUAAUGAAGACACUCACACAUGCUCCGUCGAUAUGACUAUCAUAAGUAAAGGCAGUUCAAUAGAAGGAACAAGCCAGAGAAUAACCACCAUAAAGCCACAAUCCUCAAAGGGAAAAAACAAUUAUGAUCCCACAAUGCACCAUUGCUGCAGUGGGCAACUCUGUGCAAAGCCCAAAUACUGCUGUGGAAACAAAUGCCUGGACAAGAACACUCACAUCUGCUGCGGUGAUCGAGUUUCUCCUCGGAUAGCGGGGAAAGCAACAAAAUGCUGCGGCGAUCGCAUCUACAAUUCCUCUGAACUGGCUUGUUGUGGGAACAAGGUGGUGAAAGGUAAAAGCUGCAGUAUUAAAAAAAAUCUAAGCCCAUGUGGAUGGGACACUUACUUUGACCCUAAAAUGGAGAGAUGCUGUAUUAACAAGACAUCUAACAAAGGAGUUGUCUAUCGCUCGAACCAGACAUGCUGUGAGGGAAUAGUUUCCUCCACCCCAGGUACUGGUUUGAAUGGUGGACAAUGCUGCAACUCAAAAGGCUACAACCCCAAUCUAGACAUGUGCUGUUCAGGAGUGAUCCAUACAUUAAAACCAGGGAUACACCAAGAGUGCUGUGGUGGUUCCGCCUAUGACAUCAAAUCAAGUGUAUGCUGCAACGGCACUCUGUAUCAAGAGACAGACGGAGAGACAGUUUGCAGUGGAGGCAUCCCCUUUAAUCCCACAAAUGAGACCGUUUGUGGCAAAGUUACGCAUGAGAGUGGGCAACAUUGCUGCGGGAAUCAUAUUUUCAAACCUUUGACUGAUAUUUGCUGCCGGGGAAAAAGUCACCCCAGGACUAACACGGGGCUGCUGUGCUGUGGCUCGCAACCGUACAACCCAGCGAACUCCAGUUUCAAGUGCUGUAAUGGGAAGCUACAUGCCCUGUCAAGUCAUCCCCGAUCGUGGGGCUGCUGUGGCGAGGGUCUCAUUGACUUGCAGACUCACGAAUGCUGCUCUUCCAAAGAUCAGCAUCUGGUCUUCAAGAAGGAUUCAGAGUUCUCCUGCUGUGGACACCACCACUACAAGACCUCACUGGACUCCUGCUGCGCUGGGCGUCUCAUUCAGAAACACAAACAAGCACAGAGCACAGGAAAAGCCUGCAGACUGGUUCAUAUUGCAGACAUUGAAGACUCAGCAGUGUGCAACAAGAGAGUUCUCAUGGGGAGAAUGCACAGCUUGGCUAUUCAGCAUUCUCGACGAGUCUAUGUGAUGAUCGAUGUCCUGGAAGUGAUGAAAAACAAGAGUGCUGUCCCCCUGUCUCAUCCUACGAUCAUCACAGUGGACCAUUGCCUCUGCCCUCUGCUGAACCUGGGAGCGACAUACGCACUGUGGAUCCCACACAACAUGACUAUAGACUCUGUGACACUGGAAAAUUCCGUAGAAAUGACUGAACUUAGCCACCUUGAGUCCUGUCCUGUAUUCACCAUCCUGCAGGUCAUGGACAAGUGUAAAUAAUCGACACAGCAUGUGUCGACAUGUUUCUCAAACUUGUACUUUACUUGAACAAAAGUUAUUGUAUUUCUUGCUCUUAUUGUAUUACUUGUAUUGUAACGCUUGAAAUGUUUUUGCUUACGAUUGUAAGUCGCCCUGGAUAAGGGCGUCUGCUAAGAAAUAAAUAAUAAUAAUAAUAAUACUCAGUAGAAUUAACCUUUUGUGUAUAUAUUACAUUAGACUGGAGCCUUUUAAAACCAGCUAAUGAUUUUCCAUGGUUUGUUCUGUUGUAAAGGGAAGCACAGCUUUCGCAUCCUGGCUGUGUGAAAUCUUUUCUGGGGGUUCUUGAUUAGGAGGAUUGUCAGGGAUUUUUUGUCCUCUAUGUGUAACAUCAGUGCCUCAGCUUGCCUUCAGGGGCCGGUAGCUUUUUCUAUUGUUUCAGAUCCAGUUCUUUAAACUAUUAAAUGUAUAAUCUACUCUCA